CUCGCUCGCAGAUUCUCGCCGCUGGUGAUUCAACUUUCUCGUCAAUCCCACUCACCGCAAUCAUGGCCGACACUCCCGUUACCCUGCGGACUCGCAAGUUCAUCCGCAACCCCCUGCUCGCCAGAAAGCAGAUGGUCGUGGACGUCCUCCACCCCAACCGUGCUAAUGUCUCCAAGGACGAGCUCCGCGAGAAGCUCGCCGAGCUGUACAAGGCCAACAAGGACCAGGUCUCCGUCUUCGGUUUCCGCACUCAGUACGGUGGUGGCAAGAGCACUGGCUUCGCCCUCGUCUACGACUCCCACGAGGCCCUGAAGAAGUUCGAGCCUCACUACCGCCUGGUCCGCAUCGGUGCCGCUACUAAGAUCGAGAAGGCCAGCAGACAGCAGCGCAAGCAACGGAAGAACCGUUCCAAGAAGUUCCGCGGUACCGCCAAGACCAAGGGACCCAAGAAGAACAAGGACUAGAUGCAUUCGGCUUGAUCCUGGUGAAAGGAGUUGGAGGUGGACUCGGAUAUGGGGGCGGACGACGCGGCCAGGGGCUGACUCUGCUGGAUGUGAUAAUAGCGGUGGUUUCGGUGGCGCAUACUGUUACGCCCUUUAUCAUGACCAUGACCAUACAGACAGGGAAAAUUUGAGAUUUGGGGUAAUUCUCUGGGAUGAAAAUUCAUUUUCCUUUUUUUCUUUUUCUCUCUCUUUCCUGCUUCCUCUCUCUCUAUCGCCUCUGGUUUCCUGAACCAGAAACAGGCAUCCUUCAAUCAUCUCUCUUACCAGCAGCUCCUACCGCCAGUCACUCAAUUCAGAAG